AACCUAUUGUAUUACAUUAGUCAUGAACGAUAUAAGUUCAUUGAUUCUUUGUAAAAAAAAUACAUUUAAUCACAAAAAUAUCAAAACCAUUUAUUUUAAAACUAAGAUACAUUAAAACGAAAGUAGUAUCAAACCGAAAGUACUUGGUAAGAUGGCUGACCAUGUGGGGAAGUUACUUUUACCAGGCGACAAGUUAGAAAAUUUGAGUGUUUCUGAAAAGACUUCGAAGGCCGUGCUUGGUCCUGGACUGCGUAAAGAUGAAGAAGAUAUAUUUGUCACUAAACCUGGCAUUUUAAGACACAAAGAACCAAAUAUUUACUGGAUAGACAGUCAUCAGAAAAGGUAUGUCGCAGUGAAAGGGGACUCAGUCAUUGGGGUGGUGACCAAUAAAGCUGGGGACAUUUUCCGUGUGGACAUCGGCGGAAGUGAAAUAGCCUCACUGUCUUACCUAUCCUUCGAAGGAGCUACAAAACGCAACAGACCAGAUGUUAAAGUUGGAGAUCUAGUGUACGGGAAGUUGCUGGUGGCUAAUAAGGACAUGGAGCCUGAAUUAGUCUGCAUUGACAGUGCCGGGCGCAGCGCAGGCAUGGGAGUGAUCGGUCGCGACGGAGGAUUCCUGCAUACCUGCUCACUGAAUCUCAUCAGAAAGAUGCUGUCCCCUGACUGCCCACUACUGAAGCAGUUAGGACGCAGCAUGAAGUACGAGAUAACGGUGGGAGUGAACGGCCGCAUAUGGGUGCAAGCCCGGAGUGUCAUUCAGACCAUCACCGUGAUCAACGCUAUUGACGCUGCAGAGUUCAUGUCCAACGAACAGAUCAUCUCCAUGUGUAAAAAGCUGGGCGAAGUUUUUGUCGAAAAAGAAUGAAAUAUUAUCUUUUUCGUGUGUUUUCUUGUUAAUAUUUAUAAUUAUUUACAACAAAAUUAUUGUCCGAGUAAAACAAGCCUGGCAAAGUUUAUAUUGCAACAGACCAAUAUGUAUGUUGCAAGUAUACAAUGCAUAUUCAUGUGAAUACGAUGGCUGUUUACUGAAGACAAAAUGAAAGGGGAAGGUAGUUUGCAAAUACAUGCCAAAUUACAGUGCACAUCCCACAUAUUGGCCCAGAAGUGAACAAAUGUUUUUAGAUAAAAGACUUCUAUACAUAUUGUUACCAGUGCUGAAAUAUUACUUUAAAAUUUUUAAUCAAUCCGUUCUAGAAGCACACACCACUAUUUUUAAUUGUUACAAACAACUAAGAAACCUGUAUCCUGGCUACUUUGUACCUUGUUUUAGUCUUCAAAUUUUCUUUGACCGAGUUAUUGCAUAACAUUAUUUUUCCAAAAUGGUCACUUUAAUUAAAUCUUAAAAACCAC